GAAAGUGGCCAAAAACACUGUUAACACAGACAGUAAGUACCUUCAUAGCUUCACUGCAGAAAUGGCAAGUACAGAAGCUGUGUAUUUAAGGAAAACUGUCAGUCUUCUGGGGUCAGUGUGCCUUAUUAUAGGCUCCGUGGUAGGAAGUGGGAUUUUCAUUGCUCCAAAAGGCAUCCUGAAAAACUCAGGCAAUAUAGGCAUGUCUCUUAUCAUCUGGCUGGCAACAGGAAUUGUCUCUACUCUUGGAGCGCUCUGCUAUGCUGAGUUAGGCACAAGCAUUAAGAAGUCUGGUGGGCAAUACAUUUAUCUUUUGGAAACCUUGGGACCCAUGCCAGCAUUUCUUCGUCUCUGGACACAAUUUGUUCUUAUUCGGCCUGCUGCCUCAUCUGUGGUGGCUUUAGCAUUUGGCCGGUACAUCGUUGAACCUUUCUUCAGCCCCUGCCCAGCACCCAAACUACUUGUUAAAAUGGUCAGCAUAAUUGGAGUCUCAUUUGGUGUGGCUGUGAACUGCUGGAGUGUCAACUGGUUCACAAAAUUGCAGAUAGCAUCAACCACAAUCAAGAUGAGUGCCUUGGCUUUAAUUAUUGUGCCAGGCAUGAUCAAGCUUGCUUCAGGACAAACUGAAAAUUUCCACAAUGCUUUUGACACCAGUUCCUUGAGACUGGCGAAGUUGCCUUUGGCUUUUUAUGCAGGAUUAUAUGCCUAUGCAGGAUGGGGUGUCCUGAAUUAUGCCACAGAAGAAAUCAUCAAUUCCAAAAGAACCAUCCCUUUGUCGAUCAUAUUAUCCAUGGUAACAGUGACAAUUACUUAUCUCCUGACGAACAUUUCUUAUUACACAGUGAUGACAUCUGAAGAUAUUCUGGCAUCCAAUGCUGUGGCUGUGACUUUUGCUGACAAGGCACUCCAAAGGUUCUCGUCUAUAAUUCCCAUCCUUGUUGCUGUGUCCUGUUUGGGAGCUCUGAUCAGAGGAUGCUUUACUACUCCCAGGAUGCUGUUUUCUGCCUCCAGAGAAGGACAGUGGCCUAUUCUCUUCUCUAUGAUUCACAUUCGAAGGCACACUCCUCUACCGGCAGUGCUUAUAUUGUAUCCCAUGAUGGUCUUCAUGAUUUUGGUCAGUGAAGUUUUUGGACUGUUAAAUUUUUAUAGCUUUUCUCGAUGGCUGUUUAUGGGCCUGAGUACUAUGGGCCUCAUUGUCCAUCGCUAUCGGAACCCUGAUCUUCCAAGGCCUUUCAAGGUUAAUCUAUUCAUCCCUGCUGUUUUCUCAAUUGUAUGUUUUUUCAUUGUGGGGAUAUCCCUCUACUCUGAUCCACUCAACACGGGCAUGGGUUUUGCCCUCACGCUGACUGGUGUCCCAGUCUAUUUCCUUGUGGUUCAGAAGCAGAGACUGCCUUUAUGCUUCAUCAGAGCUUUUCAUAUCUUCACUAAGAAGCUACAGGGUUUCUUGGAAGUGAUGCCACAGGAGGUGAAGACCUACUAAACCUUGGGCUGAUCAAAGCUUUUACCUUCUGAAACUCAUUUGGGUUUCACAAAAUACUGUAUGUGUACCAUACAUACAACAAGAUUUUAUUUUAACUGCAAAACAAUUUGUUGUGAGUUAAAGACCAUCACAGUAAAGAAAUAAAACAAACAACAUGU